AUGGAAAAGACACAUGAUUACUGGUACGAGGAGCAGUCCGGGAUUGAUCAUUGCAAAGUUCCGUCCAUCGUGAACGACUUCAAUGCGAACUAUCCCAGCAUUGUGGACCGUUUCUACACCAAGCUGUAUCAGGUGCCAAGCAACAAACCAGAUGAAUCGCAGCAAGUUCUUUUUCACUCCAACAGAAUAUGCCUCGUUGGGCUGGCAAAAGAUCAUGUAGCAUUUCAAAAAGGUAUCCGAAGUGUAAGUUUUGAAGUAGGUAAAUAUGAUAGGAGCGAAAAUAAGGUCUCUGGUCGCAAAAAGAGCGGUGGUAUGAUACUACAGGCCGAUUCCACAAUUGCGCUAGUCACAUGCCAGGACGAUACCGUGUAUAAAAUCCGUUCUUGUGUUCAGGGAAAAUUGGUGGAAGUUAACGAACGGAUCAUUGCUGAUCCAGAACUAAUGAAAAUCGAGGGUGAAGGCUACGUUGCGGUGGUGAUGCCCAAAAUCGAACACUGUACGACUAUGAAAGCCAAGCUUUUAUCUUAUGAUGCUUAUCAAACUUUGAAGAUGAAGUAAUAUAAAAAAAAACUCCCGUAGAACGAGCCUGUUUUGUGUCUUUGAAGUAACUGUAUUCGUUCGUGUCAUCUUCUUUGGCAUGCACCAUCGGCAAACUUCCGUUUUCACUGAUUUUCAUAAUUUUUAUUGGCUUUUUUGUUAUUACGAUCCGAUUCUGCUGCAUGUUACCCAUACAAAGAACGUACUUCACUUCGGCGAUUAUUCUGCCUGAACUUUUUCCCUUAUUUUUCACUCCUCUCAAUCAGUCUGGAACGGAUGCUCAAAUUACGUGAACAAUUAUGCAACCGUAUGAACCACGUGUCUUAUCCGCUUGCUCGAACCAAAACCAUGCCUAUUGUUUGCUUAAGAUCGGAGUAUUCACUAUCACAUUAGCAAACAGAGGCUAAGGGCUGAUCCUUUUAGCGGCCUUCUUCUAUCGCUUAAAGAUGAGUUCAGCCAAAAUUAUAAAAAAGCAGGGCAAAAUAUGAAAAUAACAGCACAAAACAUCAUUCGAAACAGCUCAAUGGCGAACUUAAGCAGUGAACAGCAGUUGUAAAACCGCAGAAAUUUAUCUGAUUCGUACUGGGUUGCUGCGGACUAGAAAGAUUCUCGAAACAAACUAAAAUAGGCACCAAGGAGCACCCUAUUUGUAGUUCGCAUCUUAAUAACAGAAAUCCAGCAAGGCUUAAAAUCUUUAACGUCGCGGGUGGUUAGAAAGGAUAAACAUAAAUAUAACGUACUACUCUACAUUAAUAUUACGCGCUGAAUGCAUGUUUUCUUCGAUCGUCGCUAUCGAUACUCUCCACUCAACUAGUCGAUUUCCCUUUGGCAAAAUCGGACGUUGAUGUGAG